AUGACCAUCUUCUGCAGCCACUGCCACAGACCGCUGCAGGCAGAGAUGAGCUGCCUGCCCAAGAGAGGGGCACGAGUGCCUGACCGCUGGCUUUGCAGGUCAACCAAGAGUGCUUCCAAGGCUCGCCGAGACCAGAUCAAUGUGGAGCUGCAGGCGCUGCGCUCCCUGCUGCCCAUCUCUGCGCGGGAGAAGGAACGGCUCUCCUACCUCCACACUAUGGCCCUGGUGUGCCUCCAGCUGCGGGGGGCUCAGCUGUUCCCUCCAGACUCAGCUGCUCCUGCGGGACCGGCUCCCGGUGCAGAGCUGCUCUCCUUGCUGCCGGGCUUCCUGCUCGUGUUCUCUGCCAACGGCAAGCUGGUCUACAUCUCAGAGAACGUGGCUCAGGUCCUGGGUCUCUCCGUGGUGGAGCUGCUCGCCCAGGGGGACACAGUCUUUGACCUCCUAGAUGAGCAAACGCACGACGACGUGCGCAAGAAGCUCCUCCUUGCCCAGGAGGCCCCCGGCAGCGGU